CGGCCAUAUAGGCCAACCCUUAUCAAUACAGGCUGUGUAAAAAAAAUCCCCAAAGCAGCUGUAGUGAAAAAGAAGUAGCGGUGUGCGCGCGCCUACCACCACCCACUGCGCACCGUCAGGAAAGGGGGCGAGUGUAUGAAUCAGGCGCGUGCAGCAUACACACACAGCUGUUUAGUUGCCACGCGCCGCUGCCCCCGUUGAAAGCGAGCGGGCAACUUUAACCGAAGCACACCUCAACGGGUCACAGCGGAACAACAGAGAGCCACGACGUGACUGGCAGGGACGGGCGGCGUCGAAGUGGAGCUCACUGACGCAGCCCGUCAUUCCCCGGGGGAACGCUUCGGUUGCCAACGCUGGUUUCCAGGCAGCGAGGUCUUCCCUGACAUCGCUAACUUUUGAGGAACUUUCCAAGGCAAAAGAGGUUAACCUGAUCCUGGAUGCAGUGUCCGAUUCCCAGUGGCCUCCUGAGCGCUCCGACCGUCCCAAGAGAUGGAGGAAGGGAAUCCUCUGGAGAGGGAGCACUCCCUGCGCGUGGUUCUCCCGGCGGGGAUCGAAAAGAGCAUUACAGUGCAUGGAAGCAAACCGGUGAUGGACUUACUCGUGACGCUCUGUGCGAACUACCACCUGAACCCCUCGGAUCACACGAUUGAGUUCCUGUCGCCCCACAAGAACAACGUCAGCUACAAGCCGAACUCCCCCAUCGGCUUGUUGGAAGCCGAGAAGAUUUUGUUAAUGCCCAAAGGGACCGAAGACAAAACCAAGAAGCCGUACAUGCCGGAGGCGACUGUGCGUUUGCUGAUCAACUACAGCAGGUCCCGUAAGACGGUGGUGCGGGUGAAUCCCAGGCUGCCGCUCCACAUGCUGCUGCCGGCCGUGUGUGACAAGUGUGACUUCGACGUGGAGACCACCGUCCUGCUGAGGGACGCUCAGGCCAAGGAGCCGCUGGACCUGACCAAGACCCUGAACGACCACGGCCUGAGGGAGGUGUUCGCCGCAGAUGCGGCAGCUCGGGACCCCGCCGACUGCCAGGACAGGACGGCUGAAGGAGCCGCUGGCUCACCUACAGAGGUCGCCUCACCGCCUCCACCGCAAGACUUGCAACGGAAGCAGAAGAAACGAGGCUUCUUCAGCUUUUUCAGAAGACGGAAGAAGAAAAAUGAAAUGAACGGGACCGCGAGCGCUCCUACGUCUCCAGGCCCGGCCCAACAAACGAGAGUCCGCGGGGCUUCGGAGAGCAUCUCGUCCACCAACACUCUGCCCGCAGAUAUGAGCAAGAAAAGGCUGGCGCCGCCGCCGCCUGUGGCCGUGUCCCAGAGCGUCCCCAACAACCUCAGCACCUGCUGUGCCCAGGGAGCGCAGUCGUCCGGGGAAUCUACUUCAAGGAGUACGAAAAGGAGGGCUCCACCUCCUCCCUGUGCAGCCGCCAAAGAAGAGCAGAGGUUGGGCACUGAUGUCGGAGAGUCCUUGAAGACUCUGGAGGAGCUGAGAGAGGCCGAGGAUCCCCAGCCGCUGUCAUCCUGGUCUUCAAGCCCGUCGCCGACUCCUCACCACGAAGUACCCGCUUCCUUCCGGCCUUCGUUUCGGGGGAAAGACUUGUCCGACGCCCGCUCGGCCCUCGCCAAGGUCCUGACGUCUUCGGUUUCCAAGGGGACGCUGGUGAGGCGUCUGCGAAACUCCGCCGGCUUCCCGAGCUUCCAGGUCUCCUCCUGCAUGUCCCUGACCUCGACGUGUCCGGAUGACGGAGACGUCUGCGCGGAGCGCGAGUCCGCCUUCAGGUCCAACCUCCCGACUGAGGGCGGGUGGGAGGACCCGGUACAGAGGAGUGGAUGGACUUCCUUCAAAGUGGUUCCCCCGAAGAAAGCGGGCUCCCCGGAUCCGGAGAUGACGGCCCAGGAUCAGAAAUCGGCAGAUGCUGAGUGUGAAGCUCCGGCUACGGGGGGAAAAGAGAACAGAACAGAGGCGUGUGUUAAUCAAGCUUCCGGUCCGCCUUCACCGGACACUGACUCAGCUUUGCUUGAGGACAAGGCGACCAGCGAGGAGCAGAAGGAAGACCUAGAAGUGGCACCUGGAGAUCCACCUGCGCUGUUGGGUGCUGGUGACGGGGAAACGGCCGACGGCGCCCACGUCGACUCGGACAUUCGUAGCGACGCGUGUCCGAGCGACGACCCGCUUCCAUGCAGUUCGUGCACCGACGAAGAGGCCGAGGAAGACGUUUCACACGAGGACGAAGAGGAAACUACCUUCCCUCCUCCUCCGCCGCCGGUUGUUUUUAGUGAGGACGCGGCGGCUGCGGAGAAAGAAGUUUCCCGGGCUUCGCCGCCGUCUUCCCAAAGAGCUGCUCCCAGCCUGAACGGGCAUACGAAGGCAGGCGACGAGUCUUCCUCUGCUGCGGCUGAACAGCCUUUGGACAAGACGCCCGCGGCCCCAUCCAGGUUCGCCCAGGCCGUAGCCAUGGCCGUGCAGCGGUCCCGCCUGCAGACGCUAGGCUUCGGUCCAAGCUUUGGCCCUCAAGCCUCCGGCGGACCAAACGGUACUCUUCAAUCGCCUCCCAGGUCCUCAUACCAGUACGGAGCCUGACCUGCAUCUGUCAGCAGCUGUAAACGAGGACCAAGGACACCGGGCUCAGGGUUUGGCCCGACUCGGGCCGGCUCAUUCAGAGUUUAGUUUUCUAUAAGCUAUGCUUUUUUUUUUUUUUUUUUUUAGUUUUCACUUCAUGUUCACCCGUUGAAACAGAAAUGCUCUGCUGUGGAGAAUGCCAAAUGUACACACACACACACACACACACACAGGAGUUGCUGACCUAAGGAUAACAUUUCUUCUUUUACUUCCUUUUUACAUUACAUUCAGAAUGUGCCAAAAGGGAUGUAACGCUGAUAUGAAAGGCUUUUCGUCUUAUUUAUUUAAACAAAUGGAAUGAAGUAACU